AGCUCCCAGCUCGGUGCCUGCCCGGAUUCCUGACAUGGUGUAGGGCCGAGAGGGUGGGGAAGGCGGGAGCCGGCCGGGAGAGGACUCGGAGUGGCCAGACUGCCGUGGGGGCAGAGGGCCGGCGCUUUGAACUCUGAGCGAAGGUGAACCAGAACUUUUGCAACUCGUGCGGGUGGCUCUCCUCCCCCAGGACUUUUCUGAGACAGUUGGACAUGGGAUUGACUGGAACUGUGGUGGUAUUGAAGUAGAAAUUCUUCCUAACAAUAAGAAUUAUAUUGCUGAUUUGAGAGUAUAAAUGAUUUUUAUGGAUCAGAUUACUAAUAAGUAUAUGGAAGAUUUGAAGAGCUGAAGGAAGAAAUCAGUAUUGAAUUUUCUUUUAAAUAUCUAGGUUGGAAUUUGCCCUUGACAAAUAACAAAAUGAUGAGUGAUGCAAGUGACAUGUUGGCUGCAGCGUUGGAGCAGAUGGAUGGUAUUAUAGCAGGUUCUAAGGCCCUGGAAUAUUCCAAUGGGAUUUUUGAUUGCCAGUCCCCCACCUCCCCGUUCAUGGGAAGCUUGCGAGCUCUGCAUCUUGUGGAAGACCUGCGUGGAUUGCUGGAGAUGAUGGAAGCAGAUGAGAAGGAAGGCUUGCGAUGCCAGAUCCCAGACUCCACAGCAGAAACGCUCGUCGAGUGGCUCCAGAGUCAAAUGACAAAUGGACACCUACCUGGAAACGGAGAUGUGUACCAAGAAAGGCUAGCACGUUUAGAAAAUGAUAAAGAAUCCCUCGUUCUUCAGGUAAGUGUGUUGACAGACCAGGUAGAGGCUCAGGGAGAGAAGAUUCGCGAUUUGGAGUUUUGUCUUGAGGAGCACAGAGAGAAGUUGAACGCCACAGAAGAAAUGCUGCAGCAGGAGCUUCUGAGUAGGACAUCCUUAGAAACGCAGAAGUUGGAUCUGAUGGCUGAAAUAUCUAACUUGAAGUUAAAAUUGACGGCUGUAGAGAAGGACAGAUUGGAUUAUGAAGACAGAUUCAGAGACACAGAAGGACUAAUGCAGGAAAUCAAUGAUUUGAGGUUAAGAGUCAGUGAAAUGGACACUGAAAAACUUCAGUAUGAAAAAAAGCUGAAAUCUACUAAAUCUUUAAUGGCAAAACUUUCUAGCAUGAAAAUCAAGGUGGGUCAGAUGCAGUAUGAAAAGCAGCGGAUGGAACAAAAGUGGGAGUCACUAAAGGAGGAACUGGCAUCGCUAAAAGAACAGCUGGAAGAGAAGGAAUCUGAAGUUAAAAGACUACAGGAAAAAUUGGUUUGCAAGAUGAAAGGAGAAGGAAUUGAAAUUCUUGAUCGAGAUGAAAAUUUUAAAAAGAAGCUCAAAGACAAAAAUAUUGAAGUACAAAAAAUGAAAAAGGCCGUGGAGUCUCUGAUGGCAGCAAAUGAAGAAAAGGAUCGGAAAAUAGAAGAUCUUCGACAGUGCCUGAACAGGUACAAGAAGAUGCAAGACACAGUGGUGCAGGCCCAAGGUCAGAAAGGCCAAGAUGAUGACUUUGAAGAUCUGCUCCCUUCCAGCUCCUUCUCCACUUUGCUGGAUGUGCAGGGUUUUAGUGAGCUGGAGAAAAACCUGUCACCUACGCCAGUAAUGGGAUCUCCUAGUCCUGACCCAUUUAACACAAGUGCUCCAGAAGAGUUCCACACCAGCAUCUUGCAAGUUUCAAUCCCAUCAUUAUUGCCAGCAUCUAAAGGCUUGGAAACUUCUGAAAAAGUGAAAUUGCUUCCUAAGCCAGAGAUUCCAUUUGAGGAGAAUGAUGGAAAAAUAAUCCUUGGUCCUGCUGCUGAAACUCAACUGUGCGAUAGUAUUUCAACUUCAAGUCUGCAGAAGUCUAGCAGUCUGGACAAUCUGAAGAAAGAGCCAUCAGAUGGGGGAAAGGAGUCUGCUCCAAAGCCUUCAGAGGAUAAAGCUCCGGUAGAAAGCAUCCCGUUUGGGAGCCUCCCUCCCAAAGCUCCAGGACACGAUGCCUCCGUGGAUGAAAGUCCCUUUGGCACUCGAAAAGCCAGAUCCUCCUUUGGUCGUGGCUUUUUCAAAAUAAAAAGUAGCAAGAGGACAGCAAGUGCACCAAACUUGGAUCGUAAACGAAGUGCCAGUGCGCCCACCUUAGCUGAAACAGAGAAGGAGACACCCGAGCAUUUAGAUCUGGCAGGUGUAUCUUCUCGGCCAAAAGAUUCGCAGGGGAGCAGUCCCUUCCAGAUGGCUCCACCAUCGCCAGAUUCCAAAAAGAAAUCCAGGGGUAUCAUGAAGCUCUUUGGAAGACUUAGGAGAAGUCAGUCAACUACAUUCAAUCCAGAUGACAUGUCUGAGCCUGAAUUCAAAAGAGGAGGGACAAGGGCAACUGCAGGGCCCCGAUUGGGUUGGUCUCGAGAUUUGGGACAAUCUCACAGUGACUUGGAUAUGCCAUUUGCCAAGUGGACCAAGGAACAGGUUUGCAAUUGGCUUAUGGAACAAGGCCUGGGGUCCUACCUGAAUUCUGGCAAGCACUGGAUUGCAUCUGGCCAAACACUGUUGCAGGCUUCUCAACAAGAUCUAGAGAAGGAACUUGGAAUCAAGCAUUCACUUCAUCGAAAGAAGCUCCAGCUGGCACUGCAAGCCCUGGGAUCUGAAGAAGAAACUAAUCACGGGAAGCUGGAUUUCAACUGGGUCACUAGAUGGUUGGAUGAUAUUGGUCUCCCCCAGUACAAGACCCAGUUCGAUGAAGGACGGGUAGAUGGUCGAAUGCUCCAUUACAUGACUGUUGAUGACUUACUGUCUCUGAAAGUUGUAAGUGUGCUCCAUCAUCUCAGCAUCAAAAGGGCCAUCCAGGUCCUGAGGAUCAAUAACUUUGAACCAAACUGUCUACGGAGGCGGCCGUCUGAUGAGAAUAGCAUCACCCCAUCAGAAGUUCAGCAGUGGACCAAUCAUCGAGUGAUGGAGUGGUUGCGCUCUGUGGACCUGGCCGAAUAUGCCCCCAACCUCAGAGGCAGUGGUGUCCAUGGCGGGCUCAUGGUUCUAGAACCUCGUUUUAAUGUAGAAACAAUGGCUCAGUUAUUGAACAUCCCACCAAGUAAGACCCUGUUACGAAGACACUUGGCCACUCAUUUCAACCUUCUGAUUGGUGCUGAAGCCCAACACCAGAAGCGUGAUGCCAUGGAAUUACCGGAUUAUGUACUUCUAACUGCCACUGCCAAAGUGAAGCCAAAGAAACUUAGCUUCAGCAAUUUUGGGAAUCUGAGAAAGAAGAAACAGGAAGAUGGGGAAGAAUAUGUUUGUCCAAUGGAACUGGGACAGGCAUCAGGAGGUACAUCUAAGAAAGGGUUUAAGCCUGGGUUGGACAUGCGCCUGUAUGAUGAGGAUGACCUGGACCGGUUGGAGCAGAUGGAAGAUUCAGAAGGGACAGUGAGACAGAUAGGUGUAUUCUCUGAAGGCAUCAACAAUCUAACGCACAUGUUGAAAGAAGACGACAUGUUUAAAGAUUUUGCGGCCCGUUCCCCCAGCGCCAGCAUGACUGAUGAGGACUCAAACGUCUGACCGGGGCACGGGGACAUGCGAGGCGAGCCCUGCGUCUUUGCUCCACAUUCUUUCUCAGAUACUCACAGUAUCUACCACAAGCCACAGCUUGUAGAUUGUGUGUUGUUCCAGCUUCUCACUUAGAGGUGGAAGUGGAGAGCGGGCGAUCCGUGCCUCGUCUAAAGUUGCCGUGACACAGGAGACACUGGUGAUGAGAGUAUAAUUGUUUUUCCUCUAUUUAAUGUAAAAACCUGUGAUAUAUUAUAUUUAAAGCGUUGCAUUGAACAUGGGUAUUUUGCCGUGGUGCUUCCAUUCACUCUCACAGCUUGGAGGCUUGGGGAAGCAGUGACCAGUAUGUGAAUGGCUUGGUUGCGUCAGUGUCACACCACUGCCGUGGAAGCAGGACAUUAUAUUGCUUUCAGAAUCAACUCAUGGAGUUCCUUUCAGCAUUCAGUGUGCCCACUAAAUGCCAGCCACCCCUCCGCUUCCCUCUUGUUGUCCUAUUUUUAUAUAUUUUUCUAAAGAUAUGUAUAUACUUAGUACAUAGAAAAUAGAAUUUUUAUGUCGUGACAUAAGGAAGAUGGUAAAAAGACCACAUUAAAAAAAAAUGCAGUGAUCAAAAUUUUCAUCCACCAGCUGGUUCUUAAAGAGGUCAGGAUUUUAAUGAUCUUGUGGAUUAUCCAGACUGAAUUAGUAUAUAUGAAAUACCCCUUCUUUGACGCCAUGUCACAAAAUUGUUGAAUAGCCUUUUUAAGAAUUUCAACCUUAAUCUUGGAUCCUGUUACCUCCUGAGGGAACUUGAGGGACAUUUAAAUACUGUUAACUUGAAUGCAUAGAGAAGCGCCCCCAAAAUUUAUAGAAACAAUUUCUGAAGAAA